CGAUCCGCUGGCACACUUCAGUCGGGGACACACCGGAUAGACACCCGUUAGAACAAUUGCGCCGCUUCGCACAUUCUGUCCUCUCGAUCUCGUACCAUGACGGCGGAUGCCAAACCCUCCUUACCGGCAACCGAGGAAUCUCCCGCCGAGACAGAACUGCGUAGUCGCCUGGCUCGGACGAUACAGUUGCGAGCAACGACGCAGUUGGAACUCCGAAAGAGUCAAAAAGAACUGGAACGUCUCUUGGUCGCUAUCCCUCCACGACCCCGGCAACCCCUCGCGGACGUGAACGAACAACUCCGAACACUGGAAACAUACCGUGAAACGCACAGUCUCUCCUUGGCCGAGGAAAAGGCGUUGCUCCGGCGAAUACAUUCCUUGGAAGCCGCGCGUUGCGUGUGCAACACUUACACGGCCGCUGACGUCGCAAUACGGUGCGAAAAGGCCCUCACGGCGAGUUUGCGCGGGUCGCUGCAAUCGCAAACGCAACAGAUUGCCGCGCUAAGAGAUACCUUGCAAACGACCCGCACGGCGCGGAAACUCGGUUGCGACGUCGCGGAACUCCAAAAGGUGCUCGUAGACUGUCCUCCGGCUCAACUAGGUCGGGUCAUUGGCAAGGACGGAAGCAAUGUACGGGCGUGGAUGCAGAAGUACGGCGUGACCAUUGACGUUGAUCGGGAACGACACCAACUCGCCUUGAAGGGGUCGCACCAGGCUUUGGAAUGCACCCUACCGGCCGUCCAGCGUAUAGUGGAUACAACGGAACGCGACUUAUCCACCCUUGUUUCCACCAGUACGGUGGCCUACUGGACCACUAAACACAUUACCGCUCUGGAGGAUUUGCGAUCCCGCUAUUCCCACGUCUACAUCGACAUUCAAAGGGGCAAGCAUCAAAAGCAGCACUUGGUACGGCUUCGUGGGAUCCCGGUCGACUUGGACAGCGUGCAGCACGAAAUGGAACUUUGGCGGAUUGUGACGAAAACUGUGGCGGUAGACGCCGCCGCAGCAUCGGUCAUCCUGGGCAAAAAAGGAAAUAACAUUACCCGCAUGGUACAGACGCAUCAAGUGACCAUGGACGUUAGGAAUCCGAGUGGCAGUGCGAGCAACGAUCACAGCAAUGAGACCAAUAGCAUGUCUACCACCGCCACGACAAAGAUGGAAAUUACCGGACCGGUGGACAACGUCACUGCAGCCGUACAGGAAAUCGAACAAAUCAUGGCCGACCACGAGCGAGUCGUGAAAACGGUACCAGUGGAUCGAAACGUGCAAGAAGUCUUUUUGCAUCAGAGUGGCCUGGGUAUCAAAGCCACACAUAAAGUCAUUAACGACGCGAUUCAAACUAUUGCUCCUGGUGCGCUACCCGUCAACGUGGGCGACAAAGGGGACCAAGGCGGUAGUAUUGUACUCAGAGGGAAGGCCAUGUACAUGGAAACAGCAGUAUCCAUGGUAGAGAAGGAGGCUGCACGUGUACAAAACCUGAUUGUCCAAAUUCGGGUCGAUCCUUUGGUCAUUCCACUCUUAAUUGGACCGAGUGGGACCAACAUUCGGAAAUUGAUGCAAAAUCAUCCCGCAGCAACACUGCUUAUUGAUCGUGACGGGGGCAUCGUAACCAUUGGUGGACUCGAGGCCGCGCCAAUACAAGCCUUGCAGGCGGAGAUUGAGGCAAUGGUCCGAGACAAUCAAUUGGAACGUGUGAAGCUGGACGCUCAGACGUACCAUUCCGUGGUUGCCGCCGUAUUGCGCUCUUCAAAGAUAAAAGAAAUGAACAAGUUGAAUAUCAAAUUAUUUACUCAAGACGACACGAACGAAAUUGUCCUGCGCGGCAGUGCGGAGAGUCUGCCGCAAGCCGCAUCGUUGGUGCGAGAUGUCAUUUCAGAAAAUUACAUUGCAGAACUUGCGGUAGAUGUCGAUGAUUUGAAAGUCUUAUUGGAGGGGGGUAAAAAGAGCCCGAUUGUCGAAUUCUCCAAUUCAUUUGGCGUGCAACUCAGUUCGAAUCGGGAAACACAAGUCGUUACGGUACGAGGGCCUCAGGACAGGGUCAAUGAAGCUACAGCUGCAGUGAACAGUUUUUUAUACGGCGGUGAAGGCCACAGAGUCGCCAAGAUUCCACUGAAUCGAGACGGUGCCGGUGUCGUCAUUGGUCGCGGUGGCAAAACCAGGAUCGACUUGGAAAAAAAAUACGGCGUCACAGUCCAAGUACAUCGGACAAAUGACCAUGUGACGGUUCGUGGGACGGCAGAUGCUGUGGAGGAUUGCAACUUAGAAAUAGCAAGAUUGCUUUUGACUGCUUCCGUAGUCGAAAGUCUGGACGUCUCGGAAGAGCAAUCUAAGGGUUUGAUCAGUGCUAGACUUGCAGCACUGAUUCAAAAAACUGUCCCCGUGCGCAUAAGUGUAGGUGAAACCAAGGUUACGGUACGCGGAUGUAGGCAUGAUGUCAAUGACGCUGUCGCCUUGUUGAAGGAGCAGUUGUAUGGUAUCUAUGAAGGACGAAUUGUGUUGGAUAUAGACUACUUUCACAAGAUGCAGGAUGCCUGCAAAGAUUUAUCCCAUUUCACACGUAUUAAAAGGAAUUCGGGUGUUGAGCUAUCGGUGGACGAAAGCGCAGCAGCCAUUGUUGUGACAGGUCAGCGAGAAAAGGUCAAGGGCGCAAAGCUCCAGCUAUUUUCCCUUUUUGGUUUUAUUUUUGAUUCGUCGUUCACGCAGCUUGCCGUCCCUCCGGCUUCGCUAUCUACUAUAGGACAAGUUGCGGUACUGGCUGAGGUUUCAUCUGCUUCGGGUGGUGCAUCUGUCCUGUUAGAUCGGGACACACACGCGAUUCUGAUUUUCGCCCAAGAAGCCUCCAAAGUUUCCAAGGCGAAGAAUGAAAUUGAGAAGCGAAUGCAAUUAUCGUUAAGCCGACUUCAUGUGAUUGAACUCGAAUCAUCCGAAGACUGGCUGGUAGCUACUACGAUAGGAAAAGGCGGUAAAAAUAUCAACGCGCUGCGCAAGCGCACUGGAUGCUCAAUCGAUGUCGAUAGUACCAAGAGAAAAAUUGUUAUUUCGUCGGAAAAUGAGCAAAGCUUCGAUAACGGCCGGAAGGAAGUAGAAGAUUUUCUAGAGAAAGAGCGGCAGCGAUGUGUAUUUUGUGAGAUUCCGGAACAAUACUAUCCGGCCUUCGUCGGGCGCGGAGGUGCCAACAUCAAGAAAUUUUCCGAAACUCACAAUGUGAACAUUCAAACCAUGCGAAAUACACCGGUCAAAGGUCUUCGAAUAACGGGCGAGAAAGACUUUGUUGCCGCUGCCAAAACAGCAAUCCAGGAAUGGAUAGCUUUCCGUCAGCAAGCCCGGGAAGAAGCCGACAUGAGCGAGUCAAUGCCGUUGCGGCACGAUCAAAUUUCCGUGAUCCUUGGUACGAAAGGGUCCACUGUUCGCUCAUUACAAUCAGAAUUUGGCUGCCGUGUCAAUGUAGAGCGGCAAUCUCCAUGCUGUGUACUUGUGCAAGGUGGCUCCCCUGGAAAACGGCAGGCAACCCUUGCAAAGAUCCGUGAGCUGCUGCUUUCCGAUGCUGUACUAAAGUCAGAGAACCUCGAACGAAGCAACGAUCCCGGUAGCCAUUUCAUAGAAAUGGCAGUACAAUCUCAGUCAAAGGUACAUCGCGAACAGGUGCCACAAACCCAACGCAAUGUAAAGAAAAAAGGUGUAUCAUCAUGGACUGAAUAUUUCCCAGUGCUCGACUCAGGGGCGGACGAACAGAAAACAGAAACGAGUUCUACAUCGACUUUUAUAGAAAAUACUAAAAACGAAAGCCCUUCCUGGUCGACGAUCGUUCAAAUUCCUACAAUGGCCGGUGAAAUCUCGAACGACGUCAAACAACGCCGUUCGUUCGUCAGCAUGGUCUCAGACGAUGAUUGGGAUGCCACAUCCGUCGGCUCCGACCCCGCGGACCAUCAGCUUAAUGCGGAAUUGCGAUACGAGUCUGACGCAUGCACGAAAGUAGCACAACUCAUGGGCAACUUACAGUAAAGUGCAAAUGAGAGGUCUUGCUUG